AUGGAUACAUCCAAGCUAUUUGAUUACUUUGCUGUAUACGGCAUUGGCGAAGAACUCCCUCUAUCUCAAUCCCCUACAUUUACCUUUAGUAAACAGUCAGAAAGCACUUCUUCAACUAAAGUGUCUGCAAAUGAAAAUAUAGUCUCCCAUCUCCGUCUAAGAAUUAUCAACGAAAACGAAAUUCUUUCACCACCAAAUUCAGAAUUUAUUAAAAGAUUUGAAAUUGGCCAUGGAGAUGGGAAAAUGCUGUGACUUGAAGUCAUUUUUGGAAGGUUUAAUGGAAAAAUUCGACCGGAGUGGAAUGGAAAAGCAAUUUCUAACUCUUUUAAUAAAAUAAAUUGUGAAAUAUUAAUUAUAAUAUAUAUAAAUAUAACAAAAAAAAAAAUCAUUUUUUAUAUAAGAAAAGUAAGAUUGAUUUAUGAUACCUUCAAUAUGAAGGCGAUUAUAUUAAAAUCCCUGCAAGUAUGGGUGUAGAGCCAGUCCCAAUUUAUAUUGGAAUUAAAUCUGCUCACCAGUUCAGCCACAGAGAAAACGAAUACAAUUGUUAUAUAGGAAAUUACGAUAUCAGCCCUAUCUUAAAUGCCCAGCCCCUCGAAGGGACAAAGCUUAUUUUAACUUUCAGUACAUUUGACUCUCAAGGAGAACCCCCGAUUUCUGAUAUAAAAUUAGUAACUGCAACAAUCAAAAUCAAUGAAGAUGGCCAGUCCUAUAAAAAUGCUGAAAUCCCAAUAGGUUAUUCCUAUAUAAACGUCGCUUUGGGGAAAAAUAAAGACUCUUUGCUUUGCUUCAGAAAAAUUGACCCUAUGCAUACCACUUAUAAAGCUGAACUUAUAGAAAAAUUUCCAAGAAAAGGCCACUGUAAUAACGAGCUUAAUCAAGCUAUUCCUAUGUUUAUAUUCAGCGAAGGUAUAAAACUCUCAAAAGAGCAAGAAACUGCCAAAGUCUUUUCAUUUAUGCUGAGUUCUGCUGAAGAAACAGGCCAAAUCUCAAAAAUUUAUAUUACAGCUUUGAUUUUUUAUGAGCAAAUAAGCGAGCAGCUAUCAAAUCAGCUGUAUAUAAUGCAAAACGAAAUAAAUAAAGUCUACAUGCCUAAAGCAAUUUGCUUGAUUUCUCAUUGGCCUUUUAUAGACCAAUAUAAAGAAAUUCUUACUCCCCCCCCCCCCUCCGUGAGCGAACAAAAAAAUUUUGUUCGCUCACGGAGGGGGGGUUAAUUUUUUUUUUUAAAAAAAAUUUAUAUAUAAAUUUUAUAAAAAAUAUUUUUUUCGAAAUUUAAAAAAAUCCUAAUUUGCAAAAAUUGGGAAGCAAAUAUUAAUUUAAUUUGCAAAAUUUAUGUUUUAAAACGCAAUUUGUUUAAAAUUAAACAGAAUUAGCUCUAGAUUUCAUUAUACUAAUUAUCACUUAUAUAUCAAAAUUUUUUUCCAUUAAAAAUUUUUUCUAUUAAAAAAUUUUUGUUCACUCACGGAGGGUGGGUUUUUGGUCAAAAAAUGGCGAUUUUUCUAAUGGUUUUGUUCGCUCACGGAGGGGGGGGGGGAGUUAAAGAAAUUUACCGACUGACAAUUUCUACCUAUGAGCUGCCAAUUGAGAGGGUAAUUUGUAAUUUAAUACAAGAAAUUCCAUUGCCAGACCAAGGUAUCACUGUUGUGGAAUAUACAAUUGGGAAUAAAGCUUUACAUAUACAUAAAAAUGGUGACGACAGACCACCUGACCUCUGACCCUAUUCUUCUUCAACAUCAGCAAGCAACGGCCCAGUGUCGGAGAUCUAGGCGGAAAGGGGCCGGUAAUCCUUUAUGUAUGUUCGGGCUGGGUUUUCUUCGAGCCCGAGGAGCUAAUCCUCGGACUUGGAGUUUUUCCUCCAGGACAACCAUUGGAAAGGGCAAGGUCGGCCAAUGCUUGAGGGCAAUAUGACCCUCUCAGACCCUGAAGACGGUAUUUGCCCAACGAGAAACUGGGAGUUUCGACCCAGGUGGUUGGCCCUUAGACUCCAAAAGCCAUGGAAGUCAAGACUGGUGGUGCGAAUCCCUUGUUUGAGGCAACAAGGAGGGUGUCCGCCGAGGCUCCUUAGGGGCGGUGAGCGUGUAGGGGUGAGAAUCCCCGGCCUGCAAGGCAAACGGCUUAAUCUAAUCUAAUUGGGAAUAAAACUUUACAGUUUUCUAGGCCUCCUCCUAAAUAUCUUCCCUAUUUCCCUGGCUCCUGCUUAGAAUAUUUAUUCAGAUCUCUUUCAAUAGACUCAAUCAUUGAUGUAUGAAGCUGCAUCUUAUCAGAAAGAAAAAUUUUAUUAAUUUCUAGGCAAAAAUCAAUAUUAACUUAUGCAGCAAUGGGCCUGGAGUGCUUAAUUUUUCCAUUUAAAUGGGAACAAGUUUUUAUCCCGAUCCUCCCAGCAUCGUUGAAAAAUUAUAUAGAAACUAUUUUCCCUUAUAUCAUAGGAGUCUCUCCAUCAAUUUUGACGUCAGAAGUAGAAAUUCCUUAUGAUGAGGCUAGAUGAAAUAAAAUGGUGAUGGGGACGGAAAGUGGACUUUGAGGCAAACUCCCUUGGAGCAGGUAGAAACCAUCCUGAUGAUGCUGAAAGCAGGGCCUCUGUUCUUUUUUAAAGUAGGCCUUGAGGCUUGGGGAUGCCUUGCAGAAAAGGGAAGUUUUGUUUCUCCCUCAAAGGUUUUUCUGUUCCUGCCACAGGCUUUUUCCGAUUUGGUUUUUACCUAAUACAGUCUUUUUUCAUCAGGACUAUCGUGGCAUCUCAUAGACGAUGGCUCUGCCCAAGGAAGUUGAUCCCCUGGGCAGUUGUUUCUGGUCAGAAAUCCAAAAUGUGACCUUUUGGAGUCAAGGUAGGCGGCUAGUGGCUAGAUCCACUUAUGGGCCAGCAUAAUCGUUUUAACUAACAUUAUGAUGCAGUUAGGGUUUAUUUAGAUGAAGGGAGAAUUGACUCAAAAGAAGAAUUCCCUAGACUCCCAGAAAAGCUGAGAAGGCAGCUUUACAAUUCCUUAAUGAACUGUGCAAAUAUUUUUUCCCUUCAGGAUGGAAUUAGAUAUGUCGCUGAUGAAGCUUUUGACACUUAUAUUAAAGAAGAAGACGAUAGCAAAGUUUUUGACGUGCUGAAGGUGAGGGAUGCGUUUUUGCAUUUUUUGACCCAUUUAUUGAAAAAUUAUUCAAAAUUUUAUAGACUGCCGGCAAAAGCGAUAGAAAAAAUUAUUAAUUCGAGGUCUUGCUUCAACGUGGAGGAUUUUUUGAAUUCUCAUAAAAGCAAUAAGCCGGAAUCUCUACUAUUUAAGCUGACUGAGACUUCUUUAUUUGCGGGAUUUAUUGAGUCGAGGUUCUUUUCAUCUUAUCUUAAUUAUUUAUAACACAUUCAAAGUCCACUACAGGUUGCUGGUCCACAACUACCCCCAACACAGCUCUGGGAUGAAUUUCUCAUUCUCCUCAGGGCUUGCCAAAGGUGUGACCACGUCAGGCUUUGAUCUAAUGGGAGCCAGUCUUGAAGUUUGGACUUCGACGACUCUCUUUGAGCUCAGGCACUUUUUGUGUCCGAACGGCACUCUAAAGGUCAGAGUCUCCACGGCCUAGGUAAGUGGUACCUUUCUGGAAAAUUCCAUCCCCUAAGGUCAGGAGUCCUGUAGGAAAAACGGCCCGGCUCUUGCUUCCCUAUCAUAGCUUGGAUAAUUUCACCAUAGAAACCAAACCUCAUAAUUAAAAUAUUCAAGAGAUAAAUUUUCGGUCAAGAAAGACCAGAAAAUCCGAGGUCGCCAUAUAUUUUAAUUAUGAGGUUUUUUUUCAUCAGCUAACCAGUUUGAGCUGGAAUAUGCAAGGCUAAAUUGAAAUGUAAGAUAAAAUUUAUAGUAUUUUUCUAUAGAAUAUAAUGAAUUUUUCAAUAUAAUGAUCAGUUUGAUCAAAGAAAGCACAUUUCGAUGAAGCCUCAAGGUUCAAAACAUCUAAAAAUGAUCCUUAUUUUGUAAAACCUUACAGUCAUAGAGAAACAAUACAGUCUCUUUUUGUGAAUAACACUGGCUAUGAGUCUGAUUUUUCUUUUCGAUAUGAAAGAUUCCCAAGGCUAAAUGAUGUUUAUUUUAUUGAUCCAAGGCCUAUUCAAGUAUUAGCUACAACUAUUACCCCAAAGCUUAAAUUAGCUUUUAAAAAUGAUAUGAUAUUAAAAAAAAACCUAUAAUUUUUAAAAAUCUGCCAAUCUCAAUCCAUAAUAAAAUACAAUCCUACCUAUAAUUCCCAAUUAUCUAUUUAUCUCAUCAAGAAUAUGCUAGUACGAUUAUCCUCCCUUGAAUGGGGAAAAUUUUUAAUGACCACUAUAUAUAGAAUCUGGAUUACUGUAUUCGCUCAUUGCAUGCCUAAAUAUAAAGAGAAUGCCAACUUAUUAAUUGAUCUAGCUCUGUAUGUUAUGGAUGGCAUGAAAAAAUCCACAAAUAAGCCUGACGAAGAUAUGUAUAGAAAACUCAUAGAAGCCUGUGGACAUUGCGAGCUAAACGAAAGAGUCCUUUCAUUAUUCAAAAGAAUGAAAAAUCAAGGUAUCGAGCCUGAUGCGCGCACUCAUGGAGUCUAUGUAACAGCAGUCGCUAAAAGCCAAGAACUCCAAAAUGAAAUUAAUACAAUUCUCUCUAAAGAAUUCCCUGCAAAUUCUUUAUGCCUGUCUUUGACUUUAAAAAACUGCAAAUAUAUGAUCCAUAAUUCUUGUCCUAAUUGUGAAUACAUUUUAAGCCAAGAAGAAAUCAUGAUGGGCUGGGACAGGUCAUAUACAAGCUCAACCACUGCAUGCCCUAAAAACUUCUGUGAAGGCAAAUUAACUGCAAAGUUCACUGUGAUUCUUGACAAACUUAUGGAUACCAAUAGAUCUCUUCAUGUCGAAUAUUUAAGCCCACUUUUAAUUCAAAAAGAAUUAGAAAACUUGAUUUUCACCUUCGGUGAAAAUAUUUUGCUUUCUAAAGAUUUUUGUGAAAAAUACAAAAGCUUGUUUUGGAAUAUGGUCCUUAAUUUUCAAUUAUUAAAGCUUCCUUACUUUUUUAUAGACCCGUCAUUCAAUUCUGAUAAUUUGCCACAAUUUGUGAGAGAUUAUGUAAAAAAUGACAGUAAAGAAAAAGAAGCUAAAAAUGAUCAGUUGUCUAUGGUUUUUGGGAUGAAUUUAUUAUAAUUUUUAAUAGAAAUAUAAGAAAUAUGUAGUCAAUUGAGAAUGGAUAAGACUACUAAGCCAAAUGAAGACCAAUCAGAAGGAAAUUCGAAUGAAACGAAUUCUCAUUCAAAUCCUCAGACUAUUAGAGAAAGGUUUUUCAGUUUAAUUAAAAAAAGAAAAUCAAGUGCAGGGAAUGAAAACAUGUCGACAAAAAAUUUGAUGAAUAAUAUGGCUAUUAAAAAAUUAUUUGGGCCUUUUAUUGAGGAGUUUAGAACUGGAAAUAUCAGAAGAGAGAGAUCGGGAAGUUUUAUGGAUUCGACUGAAGUAGAAGAAUAUGUUGAAGAUAAACCUCAGCAUCCUCCAGAGCUACCACAAUUGAGGACUUAUAGCAAUAGGAGUUAA